AUGAGUCUUGCAAAAGAGAUUAUUUCGGAGCAAAGAGGUGCAAUUUUUGCAUGCCAAAAACUUUGUAUUACGCAAGAAAAAACUGCAGAAAUUGUUGAGUGUUCUCAGGCAACAGUUUCUCAAGUAUUAAAAAAUAAUCAAACUAUUAAUAAACGAUCAGGUCAUCCCCAAAUAAUGACUGUGCAAAAACGGAAAAAAUUGUUAAAAGCUGUUCUUAAUAAUAAAGAUUCUAGGUACCAAAGUUUAAAAGAAGAUCUUGCUCCUUCGAUGGCUCCAACUUCAAGAAGUUUAUCAAUGGUACAUAUUAUUCCAUCAAUUUUACGACUGACAAGUUUUCUUCUAUGUGUAUUUACUUUUCAGUCACGGUUCUUCCUGUUUGCACUACUCAGUGAUGGUGCAUCAGUUCUAUAA